UGUAUGUUAAUGACUUAAAGAGGAAGGAAGUUCUGCAUCAGAUACUUGUGUCUUAAAUACUUUAAAUAUGUAUCAACCACAGAAUUCACACUUACUGUCAGUUUCCAUGCAUUACCAGUAAGUUGACUCAUUGUACAAGACCUCUCCCCUUCACUAUGUAAGUACACUUGACAAUAUCUUGAAAUAUAGUUUUUGUUGUUGUUCACCAUUCUAUCUGAUUCAUUUACAGUUUGUAAUGUUGUUAUUAGUCCAACAUUAUUGAGGACAUAAAUAUUUGACGGCUGCAGUAAUGUUGAGAUGCCACUAGGCGGAGAUCUAGUCCAGAACAAUGUUCCGUCAGUAGCACUUUGAUGAGAGUAAAUUGAAUGGGUUUGUAGAAUAGAAUGAAUGACAUCAUGGAACUGACCAAAUGUAAAUGGAACUUUGACCUGUUCCAUGUAGAACUCAGAGGGACAAGGCAACACAUUCUAAUAUAUUAUAAACAUUCCAUAUAGUAGGCUACAGUAAACAUGAUUCUGUAUUUAGUCAAUAUAAUACAUUGGAAAUGGGCCACAUUUAGAAAAUGUAAACCCACUCCUCAAAUGAAGAAAGUCAACUAGAUAUUCAGUCUGUUGUACAUUUUCUAUUGAAAUACAGUAACACCUCUUUCUGACGUGUUGUUCUGGUCCUCAUGCAUGUUAAUGUCUUAAAGAGGAAGGAAAGGACAGUUCUGUAUCAGCGUUCUGUGUUCUGACUACUAUAAAUAUGUAUCAACCACUGAACUGACACUUACUAGCAGUUCCCACUCACUACCAGUCAGUUGACUCACUGUACAAGACCUCUCCCCUUCAGUCUACUGCAGGGUGGGAGAUGCAACAAUGGCCUUGAGAACAGCAGGAAGUGUGUUGGUGGUCUGUCUCUGGUCUGUGACAGUGGUACUGGGUCAGACUGGCUGGAGUGUGACUUACACCAAGAAGAGUAUCUGUGCCUUUAAGGGGUCAAAAGUGGAGCUGUCCUGCUCCUACACAUAUCCAAGUGGUAGAGUCACAAAAACCUUCUGGUUCACAAAAAAUGAUGCUGAGGGGAAACCUGUGAGUCUGAGUGAUGACCCAGACUACAAAGGUCGUGUGACGUACUAUAGAGAUAAUCCGAAUGGACACCCCCUGACAAUCAGAGACCUGAGAGAGAGAGACUCAGCUACGUACAAGUUCAGAUUUAUAACAGAUCAUCCUGGAGGGAAAUAUUAUGGCAAUCCUGGAGUCACUCUGUCUGUAACAGGUCUGCAGGUGAAGGUGACUCCUGCUGCAGAGGGACAGAGGACACUGACCUGUAGCACCACCUGCACUCUGACUAACAACUUCAACCCCACCUACAUCUGGUACAAGAACAGACAACCUGUAAGAAAGGCCUCCUCCCCCAUGUACUCCAUCAGCAGUGAGGAUGCAGACAGCUACUACUGUGCUGUAAAAGGCCACGAUGGUCUCAGCUCUCCUGCAGUGUACAAACCAAAGAGCACCUCAGUGUCAGUCAGUCCCUCUGGUGAAAUAGUGGAGGACAGUUCAGUGACUCUGACCUGCAGCAGUGAUGCCAACCCACCUGUGGACAAAUACACCUGGUACAAGAAGAAUGGAGGUGGCUAUCAGAGUAUGACAGGACCACAGCAUGUCUUCAAUCAAAUCCAGUCAUCUGACACUGGAGAGUACUACUGUGAGGCCCAGAAUGAGAUGGGGACAGACAGGUCUAGGACCAUAAACAUGGAUGUGAAGUACGGCCCAAAGAGCACCUCAGUGUCAGUCAGUCCCUCUGGUGAAAUAGUGGAGGGCAGUUCAGUGACUCUGACCUGCAGCAGUGAUGCCAACCCACCUGUGGACAAAUACACCUGGUACAAGAAGAACGUAACCUCACCAAAAGCAUCAGGACAGAGUUACAGCAUCACUAACAUCACCUCUGAGGACAGAGGAGAAUACUACUGUGAGGCCCAGAAUACAAUAGCAUCUAAGAACUCUACAGCUCUGAUGAUCAUUGUAGCAGUGAAACAAACAGUUCUGACUGCAGCUGUAGGAAUCAUAGUUGUUGUUCUGGUUCUCAUCCUCUGUCUCUCUGGACUCAUGUGUUUCAGGAAGAAGGCCUCCAAAUCCCCCUCUGACACAAGACACACAGCAGACGAUGGACAGGGAGACUCUGGUCCAGUGUAUGACAACGUCUCAAGCGUGGUCAAGAGUCCUACGGACAACCCCACAGACAACCAGGAUGACAUUCACUACGCCAGCGUCCACUUCUCUCACUCCAAAAACCAGGAAGUGCCUCUGUACUCCACCGUCCAACUGCCUCAAACCCAGAAACAGGAUGAGGAUGUCCAGUACUCUGCUCUGAAAUUCAACUUCCCCAGUGCUGCCACCCUACCCACAGCAGCACAAGCAUCUGAGGAGGACCCCUCUGUUCUCUACAGUACAGUCAACAAACCCAGAACCAAGAAGAGCUGAACAUUACAAACCCAGAACCAAGAAGACCUGAACACAACAAACCCAGAAACAAGAAGACCUGAACACAACAAACCCAGAACCAAGAACACCUGAACGCAACAAACCCAGAACCAAGAAGACCUGAACACAACAAACCCAGAACCAAGAAGACCUGAACGCAACAAACCCAGAACCAAG